GACACCCUUUUGAACGUGAUUCAUCAGCAUUUGUAACCCUUCGUUUGAUAGAAUAGCAAGACUUCCGGAUGAUAUCGGAAAUUUAUCGAUGUGUUAUUCAAACAGAAUCAUGAUAAACGUAUGAAUCAUAUAUUGAAUUUAUUAGAAAAGAUAUCAUUGACUUAAGAGAUAUAAAAUGUCUUCUUCAGCUGAGAAAUUAAAAAGAAAGUCCAACAUAAGUGGUCGAUCUAAAAAAAGUUUCAAUUUUUGUAGCACACCUGUGCUAGGUAAAACAAAUAAACCAGAUAGCAUAAGUGUAUCUGCAGUUGAUACUAAUUCUUCAUCGAGUACGAAAGAAAAAAGAAGAGAAAUUAUAGCUAAAGAUAUUGAGAAGAAACAGAAAAAGAAAACAAAAUUAAAGCAAAAAAAAUUAAAGCAGAAAAUAGAAGAUAUUAAUAAAACACAAGAGAGAAAACCAAGAAAGAAGAAAAAGAAAAAGAAGAAAAAAAGAUCAAAAGAAAAAAUAAUACAAAUACAUUCUGAUGAAAAUUGGGAAACGUGUGAUGAAGUCUCGCGACAAUCUUCAAUUAGAAAGAUUAUUUCAAGAUCUGAAAGUGACAUCUUGUUUGGAGAUUUAAAAUCGCCAGAAAAAAUUCGAGAAGCACCUUGUUUCAUUGAAGAAUGUUUAGAAUCACCGAUUUUACGCCCUCGAGAAUGGAAGAUCGAAAGUCCAGAAAAAAUUAAUUUUGAAGAAAAUGAACUGUUACCCUUAAAGGAUUUACCAUUGUCUUAUGUACAAUAUAAUGAUUCUGAUGAUGAAGAUGAUGAAUUAUUUUUAAAAAAAGAAAAUGUAAUUAAAACGUAUUUAGGAGUUAGAAAUAAGAAACAAAUUAAAAACGAUGUAAGAAUUGAAAAAUGUAAAUCAUGGUUGAUUGAUGUAUCGGUUCCAACAACCAAAAGUGAUUUUCUUUGGGAAAAUUUUGUUAGAGAUAAUCAUGAGAAUAUUGGUAGAUAUCUUAAAUCACCUGUUUAUAGAGCAGAUAUGUCAUUAAUAGAACAUCCUAAAAAAAUGAGCAACGAGAAUGAAAAAAAUAAAAAUUUUGAGAUGCAAUAUGAAGAAAAAAUAGCAAGAAAAAAGGAAGAUUUUAAAUCAAACAAAAUAUAUAAAGAAAUGGAUACUGUGAGUGGAUAUUGGGAUAAAUCUUCGAAAAAAUGGAUUCGUGUCUAUGACCAAUACAAAUACCCUGAAAAUGAAGAUAAUGAAUGUAAAGGGAUGACCUUAAAUCAAUUUCUUCACAAAUGUAAAGAUCAGAAAAAACAUAUAAUAGAACUAACAUCUAGUUCUUCUUCUUCAAUACAGCAAAAUAUUAAUCAGAAGUUUGAAGAUUUAAGAAGUAGUCCGAAUGGAAAAAGAAAAAGAAAAAAAAAAAAUAUUGAAAAUUUCCAACCUAAAUCUAAGAAAUCUAGAAAAAUGAUAUUAGAUGUAUCAGAUUCGGAAUUACAAAGAAUAAAUAGAGUUCGUCGAUUUGCAUCACAAUUAUUUAAAAAGGAAAGAAAAAUGUACAAUAUAUCACCCACAAUUUCAAAGGACACUAAAUCUGAACAUACAGUAUUUCCAUUAAAAAAAAUAAUUAAAAAGGAAUCAGAUGAUAGAAUAGAAGAUUGCAAAAAACAAAGAUUGGACGAAAGAAGAAAAAAACCUGUGAUUAAAUCAAUAAAGAUAAAAUAG